AUGUCUGGUUCAUCAUCAUCAUCAUCAUCAUCCUCUAGUGACGAUUGCGGAUCAAGCGAUUACGAAGUAAUCAAUAAUGCUGUUACGCAAAUGAAUGUUGUUUUCGAUCCCCAAGCCAUAGGUGCGUGUCUUAACGUUAUCUUUGACGAAAAAGAAAACCAAAGCCAAGAAGCAGAAAGUUCUUCAAGACCCAAGUUGACUAAAAGGGUGAUCAGGCGAGAUCACGUGACUGCCGCCAAGCUUUUAUACGAUCAUUACUUUGCGCCAGAACCAACCUACCCACCUGACAUGUUUCGUAGACGGUUCCGAAUGCGAAAGGAUAUGUUUCUGCGCAUAGUGCGAGACAUAAACUCCUUUGAUAGCAUUGAACCGCUACCGAAACACUUUCAAUUCUUCCACAAAACCCCGACAGAUGCAAGUGGUCGUCCCGGUUUCAACAUUUUCCAGAAAUGUACUUCUGCCAUACGCCAGUUAGCGUAUAGCUUUAAGGCUGAUGCUUUAGAUGAGUAUUUGCAAAUGACUCAAGAUACGGGCUACAAGUGUUUAAACGCUUUCUGCAAGUGUGUUAUACAACUCUAUCGUGAUGAGUAUUUGAGAAAGCCAACAGAAGCAGAUAUCGAGCGAUUGACGGCUAAACAUGCUGAGGUUCAUGGGUUUCCAGGUAUGCUUGGUAGCAUAUAUUGCACGCAUUGGGGUUGGAGGAACUGUUCAGUGGCGUGGCAAGGGCAGUACACCCAAGGUGACAAGGGACAUCCAACAAUCAUGCUUGAAGCGGUUGCUUCAUAUGAUUUGUGGAUCUGGCAUGCCUAUUUUGGCCAUGCUGGUUCAAACAACGACAUCAACGUCCUCAACGAGUCGGAUUUGUUCGACAAUUUGCUUGAAGACAGGGCUCCUAAAGUAGAGUUUUCGGUUAAUGGGGAGCAGUUUCAAAAGGGGUACUACCUAGCGGAUGAGCCAAAAACCACCAAGUUCAAAAGAUACCAAGAAGCUGCAAGAAAGGAUGUCGAGCGAGGAUUUGGGGUUCUUCAAGGUCGUUGGCAGAUUAUUGAACAAUAUGCGCGGCCAUACAGUACGAACAAGAUAAAAAGGAUCAUGUUAUGUUGUGUGAUUCUCCACAACAUGAUCGUUGAAGAUAAUGGGCGCGCAAUAACAGAGUUUGAAGAGGAGUUGAUAGCUAAUACUAGGUUGAUAGCUAAUACUAGACUCCCAACCCGUACGUGGACUGAAAGGUGUUCGACGCAGCUUCGUAUGUACAGGGAGCUGCGUGAUAGAAGGGCUCACCAUAAACUCCGCAAUGCUCUGAUUGAAGAUGUUUGGAACCUCCCGGAACACGGUCGUCAACGUUGA